AGCGUUCCUCCCACACAGCUCCAGCCCACUGCUCUCCUUAUUUCAGGAGGCUCCUCUGCUCCAGUCUUCAGAGCAGCAAGCGCACACUCAGCGCAGCUCACUCUGCACUUCCUGCUGCUGCCACUGCCGCUGCCACUGCGGGGAGACCCGCCGCUCCUUCACAUUUCUUGUGAAUUGCUGGAUUUACAUUCAUCUCUUUAAGAUGAGACUUCUUCUCAUCGCCGCUGCUGUGGUUGCAGUCCUGUUGACAGAAAAUCUAGCACUUCCAGUGGGGAAAGAAGGACAGAGAGAGGAUGUGGUAACACGAUGCUUGGUUGAAGUCCUGUCCAAAGCUCUCACCAAACCGGACUCUCGGCUGGAUCAGGAAUGCAAAGAUCUUCUCCAAACAGGUGUUAAACAUGCCCCGCUGGACAAGAAGAGCGGGGAAGGUAUGGUGAUGCAUGAAGAGGUGGUCAAAGUUCAUCCAGAGGACACUGAGGCAAAGACAACUGAUGUCAAAGACAUUGAGGCACUCUUACAAUCCGUGGCAGAGAAGAGAGAAACGCCUGAAGAUGAGCGUAACCAAGAAUCCUGGAGUCUGGGUGAUGAGAAGGAGAAACAAUACGGAAAUGAAGAGGAAGAAGUGCGGGAGAAGAGAGCUAACUGGAGGCCUGGAAGACAUUACCAAAGAAACCACAAGCGUGAUGAAGAAGAAGACAAUGAGCGCAGUCAGGAAAGUUGGGGGAUGUUUGACAAGAGAUCAGAGGAAGAGGUGGAUGAGGAGGGAGAAGAAGGUGGUGAAAGGGAGAAAAGGAAAUGGAGGGCUGGAAGACACUACCAAAAACAACACAAACGAGAUGAGGAACCUUUAGGAGACGAGGGGGAGGAACCAGAGGAGGAACGUAGCCAAGAGUCCUGGGAUGUGGACAAGAGGCAUGGGAGAGAGGAAGAGGAAGAAAGAAACAAGCCCAUAUGGAAACCCACACACCCUUACCACCACAAGACAAAACUCCUCAAACGUGGUGAUGAGCCAUCUGAGGAAGACGGAAAUGAGGAUCGUAGCCAGGAAUCUUGGGGUCUUGAUGAUGAAAGAGACAAGAGAAACUGGAGGCCAGGCAGACACCACCAGAGGAGAACAAGACGGGAUGAGGAGCUCUCAGAAGAAGCUAGGGAAGAAGCUAGGGAAGAACCCGAUGAAGAACGCAGCCAAGAGUACUGGGACUUUGACACUGGAAGGUACAAGAGAAAGUGGAGGCCCGGCAGACACCACCAGAGGAGAGAAAAACGUGAUGAGGAGCUCUCAGAAGAAGCUAGGGAAGACCCCGAUGAAGAACGCAGCCAAGAGCAGUUGGACUUUGACACUGGAAGGUACAAGAGAAAAUGGAGGCCAGGCAGACACCACCAGAGGAGAGAAAAACGUGAUGAGGAGCUCUCAGAAGAAGCUAGGGAAGACCCCGAUGAAGAACGCAGCCAAGAGCACUGGGACUUUGACACUGGAAGGUACAAGAGAAAGUGGAGGCCAGGCAGACACCACCAGAGGAGAGAAAAACGUGAUGAGGAGCUCUCAGAAGAAGCUAGGGAAGACCCCGAUCAAGAACGCAGCCAAGAGCACUGGGACUUUGACACUGGAAGGUACAAGAGAAAGUGGAGGCCAGGCAGACACCACCAGAGGAGAGAAAAACGUGAUGAGGAGCUCUCAGAAGAAGCUAGGGAAGACCCCGAUGAAGAACGCAGCCAAGAGCACUGGGACUUUGACACUGGAAGGUACAAGAGAAAGUGGAGGCCAGGCAGACACCACCAGAGGAGAGAAAAACGUGAUGAGGAGCUCUCAGAAGAAGCUAGGGAAGACCCCGAUGAAGAACGCAGCCAAGAGUACUGGGACAUUGACACUGGAAGGUACAAGAGAAAGUGGAGGCCCGGCAGACACCACCAGAGGAGAGAAAAACGUGAUGAGGAGCUCUCAGAAGAAGCUAGGGAAGACCCCGAUGAAGAACGUAGCCAAGAGUACUGGGACAUUGACACUGGAAGGUACAAGAGAAAGUGGAGGCCCGGCAGACACCACCAGAGGAGAGAAAAACGUGAUGAGGAGCUCUCAGAGGACAGGCAGGAAGACGGUGAUGGAGAACGUAGUCAGGAGUCCUGGGGGCUUGAUAAAAGACACGACAAAGAAGAGGGAGAAGUUGAGAAGCGCAUAUGGAAACCAACCCACAGAUACCACCACAAAAAGAAGUAUCACAAGCGUGGUGGAGGCUCAUCAGAGGAGGAGGAAGAACAGAGAGCUGUUUCAGAGGAAGAUGAAGAUACAGCAAAGGACAGGGAUGAAGCUCUGAGGUAUCUGGCUGAGAAACGCAAUCCUUGGAUUUACAGAAGCUUCUACCAUCCUGCCUGGUUUAAACGGGAUUCUGCAAACUCAGACAAGAUGGAUGAACUGUCCAAGUUGUUGGGCUAUAAGAUAAACCAGCUGGCCAACCACUCUAAUCAAGAGGAGGCAAAUAGAAGCAUGUACCAGAGAGAACUCAGCCCGCAGGAGGAUAAAGAGCUGGAAAACCUGGCUGCGAUGGACAUGGAGCUGCAGAAAAUCGCAUCCAAGUUGCAUGACAACAGCGCAUAAGCGAGGAGGGACGGCAUUUUGAGACGCCAUCAGUUCUGGAUUACAGCCGGAUGUCUUACCGCAUGUCUGCUAAUUUUGUGUGCUCACGUUGUAAUGAAAAAAUAAGACCCUGGAGCCUUGCCAAAAAUAUCAAUACCAACUUAUGUAUCAUUGUAUUUGUGAUAUUUUGGUGUAGUUAACUUAAAAUCAGCAUGGGAAUGGUUUUGAUGUUCAUACAUGUAAAGAAACAAUACAAUUGAAAGCAGAUUAUUGAAAUAAUUGUGUUCUGAAGAGCUUGC